AGAAAGAGUGAUUCCGUUUACCUCUCAACAUGUCGGGCGGUAGAAAGCCCCGUUCGGUCGCGAACCCUUUGGAAUCAGCUAUAACUACACCAAGCGAACGAAUUUUGAAACAAUGUCACAAUUUAUAUAUCGACAACGACAACGGGCUGGUGAAAAUUGCAGGCGGCCUGGGUCUCCUGCUGCUGCCCCCGCGGAAGAAGAUCAUCGUGAUGAUAAUGGGGAACCACUCAGCAGGGAAGAGCUCCUUUAUCAACUGGUAUGUUGAGGAGCACAUUCAGAAAACGGGAGUCGCUAUAGAAACGCAAGGUUUUACCUUCAUAACAAGUGGACGAAAAAGAGAGUCAUUAACGGGCAAUGCAACGCUACACCUCUACCCCCAUUUCCGACCCCUGCUGGAGUUUAAAGGUGUUACGGACUACCUCUCAGCCGAGAUCUCCACCUCCAAGCAGAAGAAGUUCAGCCUGGUCACCUUUGUGGACACUCCCGGGCUGGUGGACGGAGACAUGAUCUACCCUUUCGAAGUCAACAAUGCCAUCACAUCGUUUGGGCAACAGGCGGACUUGAUCUUCGUGUUUUUUGAUCCCAUGGGGCAGGCACUGUGCAAGCGAACGCUCAACAUAGUGGAGAAACUGAGCGAGACGUGCGGAGACAAGCUUCGCUUUUACCUCAGCAAGGCGGACGUGGCCGGCAAGGAGACGGACCGACAGAGAGUGAUGAUGCAGAUUGUUCAGGAGCUGUGUCGCCGCCCAGGGCUCAACCAGUGUGGCUUUGCGAUGCCCACUAUCUACAUCCCCAAUCCGCAGAAGGUGAGGCAACAGCGGGGCAACACCUGCUCACAGCCCUCACCUGGCAGGGGGAAUAGCCAUCUGCUUACAGACAACAGAUGCCAUUCAUUCAGACUGGAUGCUACGUGAGACUGUGAGACAAACAGUUUAGAAGAACAAGAGCAAGAACGCUUCACCGUAAUUUAGAUCGCAGACAUAAUGCUUCACCGUACUUUAAACGCUACAUUUAGAUCACAGACAUAAUGCUUCACCGUACUUUAAACGCUACAUUUAGAUCACAGACAUAAUGCUUCACCGUACUUUAAACGCUACAUUUAGAUCGCAGACAUAAUGCUUCACCGUACUUUAAACGCUACAUUUAGAUCGCAGACAUAAUGCUUCACCGUACUUUAAACACUACAUUUAGAUCACAGACAUAAUGCUUCACCGUACUUUAAACGCUACAUUUAGAUCACAGACAUAAUGCUUCACCGUACUUUAAACACUACAUUUAGAUCACAGACAGAAAUUGACCAUACCAUGUCUCACUAUCAAAUAGCCGCACUGAAUUAUACAAUUGCAUACAUUCACUGACCUAUUCCAAUCUGGUUUGAUCAAUGCCUCCUUUUUCAGUGCACUCUUCUCUAGAUAGCCGUGUCAUGAAUGUUAUUUUGAGCAGACAUAUAUUGUUAUGUGUUUAAUUCUGUUUUUACCCCCGUUUUUACCCCCGGUGUCACUUAAUACCCCACCGGGUGGCCAGUAUUGAAUCAUUAAUUCAGCUGUACAUACUGUUGAUGUUCGAGGGUUUGGCGUGGAGGACCAGGGGUUUAGAGUUUCAGGGUUAGGAUGCAUCACUGGGUGCAAGAAGGCAACCAGAGACCCAAUGCAUCUGGAUAGGCUAGUGAUUAGUCAUGCCUGCAUCUGCAGACUGCUGGCUUCAGACUAGGGGGGGGGGGGCAGUGAUUGGCUGCAUCCAUCAGUGGCACAUGCAGGCGUGACUAAUCACUAGCCCAUCCCACGGUGCUGAGUCAGGUUGAGGGAAUGUACAACGCUGCUUUAGGUUGCGGUUGCUGUUGCUGUUUUUCUUUCGUUCUUCAGCAGGGACACUGGUUGUGAUAUAUAUUUUUUUUUAUGUUUAACACCCAAAGCAAGUAAAUUAUGAAAAAGACCAAAAAGACAACGAAACAGUGGAAGUUUUGUCAGGGCAAAGGCAGUUCAGAAGACCUUUUUAUUGCCUUUUACACAAACAUUCUUCAAGCUUUGAUGUCAUAGUAUGUCUCGUGUCCAAAGACAGGCAUUCCCUGGGCUCUCCAGCAGCCGCACGCUUCAUUUUAUGUGUCUCUAUCUCCAAAAUGAUUGUGCAAGAGGCAUCAUCCAGUUCUGUGAAAUUGUUUUAUGCAGAGAUCAAAUCUAAACGAUGAUCGGAAUCAGAUAUUUUUUGAAGGACUUCAAAGACAAACA